AUGGCUCGUCUCAUUCUCUCCAUACUGUUUCUGCUACUCUCCAUAUUUUGCAUUUCAGGCGAUGUGGAAUCAGCUGGGUCUGCAAAACGAUCCCGGGCACGGACCUACAUCGAAACCGCAUGCACUAAUACCCUUUACCCAUCCCUGUGCAUCCAAUACCUCUCAGUCUUUGCAAACUCAACAAUACAAACCCCACAACAACUGGCUCAAGCUGCCAUAUCCGUGAGUCUAUACAAGGCCCUCCAAACAAGAACAUUCAUGUUGAAAGUGGUGAAGGAGCUCAAGGCAAUGAAAUCCAAGGAUUACCAAGCAGUGAAAGACUGCUUAGAUCAAAUUUGUGAUAGCGUGGAUCAAUUUAGUGAAUCGGUUAGAGAGCUCCAUCACUUGGAACGCCCAGAUGCUGCGGGUGGUGAUGACGUCUUUUUGCACAUAAGUAAUGUUGAGACUUGGGUAAGCUCUGCCAUGACUGAUGCUAGCGCUUGUUUGGAUGAAUUUCCAGGGAAGAAUACGAACAAGUUAAAGGCUUUAAUUAAGACCAGGGUUUUGAAUGUGGCACAGACUGCUAGCAAUGCAUUAGCCUUGUUUCACCGGUACGCUGCAAAGUACAAGCCAUAG